CGCACGCAGAUGCACGACUCUCUGCACUUCAUUUCAAAUCAGCACAAACUGCAAGGUUUAUUUUGAUGGACGCUGUAACAAAGACUUUUAUUUUAACACAUCUGGACGCUCCUCAAUAACCUGCCUCGUGCCAUCACCGCGCGCAACUGGACACGUCGGCUCCUCCACCUUCACAAAGUCUCCCUGUGGUUUACGAACUGGAAUGAGAGACUGGAGUGAUUAGACCGCGUCCACCGCUUUUUUUCCCUCAACGUCUCAAGUGCGUGUGCACAUCCAUCGUCUCUCAUCGUGCAACGCUUCUCUGGGUUUUGUCUUUCAGGAGACAGACUCAUUUCGAGGCGACCCAAAGUUCCGCAGGCGCAGUUCUCCUCCACAGCGGUGCAGGGGUCUGGCUCGGCUGCUGCCGCUGCACUUGCCAAUAGACAGAUAGCAUCGGCUGUAGGAGGGGAUACAGAGACUCCUGCAGGCUAAUUGUAGCGGCCAGUGUUCGCAGGUGUAUCACUGAUCCGCCUGUGAGGGACUUGGAGCUUCAUCCUGACCGAGACGCGCUCAGACUUGUGAGUAACAGAGAGAGAGAGCGAGAGAGAGAGAGAGAAAUCCUGGAAGAAUGUCGCACCAAGUACAAUGAGCGCAGAUUUGUCGCAGACACCAAAAUCCAUAUAUGCUCCGUCGAAUUCAGUUUUUAGGAGCAAUUCAGAGCCGUCUUUGGAAUUUUAAAAAAGUGGAUCCAACGACUUUACAACCAUGCGAAAUACUUGGCUGUGUCCCCGGAGCGCGAUUUGGGAAUACUGGACCUCGCUGAUUCUAUGUCUCUUUUGGAUUCAGUACUCUUACGGGAUGCCUCAUGUUAUUCGAAUAGGUGGGAUUUUCGAGCAAACAGAUGGACCUGUUUCACUUGUCAGCGCGGAGGAGCUUGCCUUUAAAUUUGCUGUCAAUAACAUCAACAGAAACAGGACUUUGUUGCCAAACACAACAUUAACAUAUGACAUACAGAGGAUUAAUAUCUACGACAGCUUUGAGGCAUCGAGGAAAGCUUGCGACCAGCUGUCUUUAGGAGUGGUUGCAAUAUUUGGGCCCUCACACAGCUCAUCGUCAAAUGCUGUGCAGUCCAUCUGCAAUGCGUUGGAAGUGCCGCACGUCCAGGUGCGAUGGAAACACCACCCUCUGGACAACAGGGACGCCUUCUACGCAAACCUUUACCCGGAUUACUCAUCACUCAGCUAUGCCAUCCUGGACUUAGUGCAGUUUCUCAAAUGGAAAACAGCCACCGUGGUAUAUGAUGACAGCACAGGCCUUAUAAGGCUACAGGAGCUGAUAAUGGCCCCGUCCAGGUACAACAUCAGGCUAAAGAUACGUCAGCUUCCUCUUGACUCGCAGGACACGAGACCCCUUCUCAAAGAAAUGAAGAGAAGUCGCGAGUUCCGCAUCAUCUUCGACUGCAGUCACCAAAUGGCGGCACAGAUUCUCAAACAGGCACAGACCAUGGGGAUGAUGACAGAGUAUUACCACUAUAUCUUCACCACUCUGGACCUGAUGGCCAUUGACCUGGAGCCAUAUCGCUUCUGUGGUGUCAACAUGACCGGCUUCCGCAUCCUCAACGUGGAUAAUCCCCAGGUUGCAUCCAUUGUGGAGAAAUGGUCGAUGGAGAGGCAGCUACCACACAAACCUGACUCGGGCCUGCUGGAGGGCAUCAUGACGACAGAUGCAGCUCUGACCUAUGAUGCGGUCCACAUUGUAUCCGUGUCAUACCAGCACGCUCCGCAGAUGACAGUCAACUCGCUGCAGUGCCACCGCCACAAACCCUGGAGAUUUGGAGGUCGCUUCAUGAGUUUCAUCAAAGAGUCCCACUGGGAUGGUUUGACCGGGAGACUCUCAUUCAACAAGACAACUGGUCUUCGUACAGACUUCGACCUGGACAUCGUCAGUCUAAAGGAGGACGGACUUGAAAAGGUGGGGAAGUGGAGUCCGUCAGGGGGUCUUAACAUCACAGAAGCGCCAAAGCGAAAGGGGAUGAACAUCACCGAUUCCCUGGCUAACCGCUCCCUCGUCAUCACCACCAUCCUGGAGGAGCCAUAUGUCAUGCUUAAGAAGUCUGACAAGGCGCUGGUUGGGAACGACCGCUUCGAAGGGUUUUGCAUCGACUUGUUAAAAGAGCUCUCCAACAUCCUGGGCUUCACAUAUGAGAUCCGCCUGGUGCCUGAUGGAAAAUACGGCUCGCAGGACGACAAGGGCCAGUGGAACGGCAUGAUCAGGGAACUUAUUGAACACAGAGCAGACUUGGCAGUGUCUCCUCUUACCAUAACCUACGUGCGUGAAAAGUUUAUUGACUUCUCCAAGCCCUUCAUGAGCAUGGGCAUCAGUAUCCUGUAUCGCAAACCCAAUACCACCAACAACGGCUUCUUCUCCUUCCUGAAUCCCAUGACUCCUGACAUCUGGGUCUACAUCCUGCUCGCCUACCUCGGGGUUAGCUGUGUCCUUUUUGUCAUUGCCAGGUUCAGUCCAUAUGAAUGGUACGAUGCACAUCCGUGUAACCCUGGAUCAGAUGUGGUGGAAAACAACUUCACCCUCUUCAACAGCUUCUGGUUCGGUGUCGGCUCCUUAAUGCAACAAGGCUCAGAACUGAUGCCCAAAGCCCUGUCAACCAGGAUCAUUGGAGGGAUAUGGUGGUUCUUCACACUGAUCAUCAUAUCAUCCUACACAGCUAAUUUAACAGCUUUUCUCACCGUGGAGAGAAUGGACUCGGCUGUGGACUCAGCUGACGACAUCGCCAAGCAGACAAAGAUCGAGUAUGGAGUCGUCAAAGAUGCCGCAACCAUGUCCUUCUUCAAGAAAUCUAAGGUUUCUACUUUUGAGAAGAUGUGGGCAUUCAUGAGCAGCAGGCCAAGCACGUCACUGGUGAAGUCUAUUGAGGAUGGGAUUCAGAGGGUGCUGAAGUCAGACUAUGCCCUCAUAAUGGAGUCCACCACUAUUGACUACAUCACUAGGAGGAACUGUAACCUGACCCAGGUGGGAGGGCUCAUCGACAGCAAAGGCUACGGCAUCGGCACUCCCCUCGGCUCUCCAUACAGGGACAAAAUCACCAUAGCGAUCCUAAGCAUCUUGGAGGAUGGGCGCCUACACAUGCUGAAGGAGAAGUGGUGGAGCGGGAACAGCUGCUUGGAUGAAGAGCGUCGUGAGACAGGCCCCAUGGGUAUCCAGAACCUGGGUGGUAUAUUCAUCGUGCUGGCUUCUGGCCUAGUGCUGUCUGUCUUCGUGGCGAUUGCUGAAUUCAUCUACAAGCUAAGGAAGACUGCAGAACGUGAGCAGGUCUUUGUGCAGUGCCAUGGUGGACGAGAUCAGACUGUCGUUCACCUGCGAGAGGCGAGUGAAACACAAGCCUCAGCCUCCAGUCAUGGCGAAGACGGAUGCAGUGAUAAACAUGCACGCCUACAACGACCGACGACUCCCAGGAAAGGACAACAUGAGCUGCAGCACUGGGAUGACUCCUGUGUUCCCAUGACAUUGUGUUCCCCCCAGGGCAAGAACCUCAUAAGCAAUGUGUCAGGGGCAGUGCCAGAGACUAGAGACAAUGGCAUAGACGGAAUCACCAGAUACAUCAUCAACCACAGUGACAUGGGGACACUAACAAAACACGGGCAUCUCAAAAUGGCAGCAUCAGCCACACAGGUAUGACAACAUUCACCACUUUAAUCCAAACCACAAAAGAUUUGAAAAUAAGAAAUAUGCGGGGGCGGUUCCGGGAAAAGAGUACACCCAAAUAUUCAGUUUUAAGUCUGAUGUUUACGUGCGCAACAUAAAAACACAAGAAAAUACACAUAAUUUUAAGGAAUCCUCAUCAGUGAAAAGACUGAGAAUUGUACUGGACCGAAGUGAGACGAAAGGCUUUGAUGAGAAUGGCAAUAAAAGACAGAUAUACAAGGACAAGGAAGGGCAGUUUUCAUUGAAGAUCAGUUUUGUUAAAUAUCACGUUCUAACCUUUAUCCUGUUGAUUUAUACAAACUCCUAAAUGGCCUUUGACAGCAGAAAAUAAAGUUACCUCAAACCAGUUGUCUAGGCUUAUAUGGUUAUUUUUGAGUUAAAGGCAGUAGGAUAUGAUAAAGGAUCGUUUGAAGGCUUGGUUCACAGGGACAUUGUAAAAGUACUCGAUCAGCAUUUGCAGUGUUGUUAUUGGUGAAAACCCUUAGCAAGACAACUGUUCAGCAGUUCGUUGGUUAAAGUUGUGAUGUGUAUAUUGUUCCUCACAAAUUAACCAUUGAUGCAAAACAAGCUACAAUUGAGAGAAAUCCAUAUUAAACAGGAAAUUCCACUAUUGAUGACUGGAUCAGUUUUAUGUGAUAAAUUUGGCCAGAAACACAAAUUAUUUCAGAAAGGAUUUUGUACAUGACUGAAUUUUAAUCAUUUAAAUUGCCAAAGAUCUGAUCAUUAAACAGAAUUAUAUACUGACAAGUUAGAGCCAUAACUGCUCACUCAGCUUCUUAGAGAGCACUCACCUUGUGGUCCAUGCAAAGGAAAUUGGAGUGGUGUAAAUUGGACUAUCAAGGGGUUCUACGAAUCCCUUGGUGCAGGGUAAUAUGUAGAAGGGGAAUUGUAUUUGGGACAGUUGUGGCAUUGUCUUUGCUUGGUUAAACAAAAAAAACACCUCACUUCAAACUAUCAUUAUCAACAAAGCAAUCAAAAAAUAAGAAAACUACUGGAUGAACUUCCCAAUCCGUUAAUCAAUUCCAAAAGUCCAGGUUCAGUUUUUCACCAUGAUUAAAAUGAUAGCAUGCUACAGAAUGGGAUGGAAGGCAUUGUAUCAAUAAAGAAUUGUAAGGCACAGAGACUGUGACCUUAAAACUGAAAUGCAUUUUUGAGUGCAUUUAAUUGUGACCAUCAAAAUAUGCGCUGGUCUUUUUCCAUGGCUACAUGACUGCUCAAUGUCCCCAGUAUUUCUGAACAUGUUGUUGAACAGUUACUUUAUUUUACAGGCCUGAAUCAAGAGGCUUUUUGUUUUUCACUAAGUGUAAUGAAAACUGGCCAAGGUUUGCUUUUAAAUGAGGAAAGACUUCGAAGAUUAUCUUUUUUUUUACUCCAUUACCUGGUGUGAACAGAGUAAUUCCAUACUUGUAACAUGCUGAAGGACAAAGUGAUGAAUAGAUGGUGGAUAGACUGAGGACAGACGUUUUGUGUGUUCAUGUUGACUUUAAUGUCUGUCGAGUAAGUAUAUAUGUAAAGCGAGUGUAAUUGAGAGCUGUGUGAAGAUUCGAAGAGUCUGUGAGCUGCUGCCACGUGGGAGCUGAACAAACAACAAACCUCUGUGAGAUUCAAGUUGUGGAAAUGUCGAGGAAAAAAAAAAAAUCUAUGACUAAAUAUAUGAUUCAAGGAAACUCCGAUCUGUAAAACUUAGCGUUGGUUUGGUAGAGAGUCACUGUAUAAUUGUUUAUCGAUUCCCUUCUGCAAAGUAGAGUAUGUAGAUAAGAUCAGCAGGAGAAAAUGUAUUUUGCUAAAUUUAUACUGUUAUAAAUGAAUUCUGUUCACAGUCAAAUAUGUUAUAGAUGCUAUUUAUUUCAUUAGAGAGUUCACUUUAAACUACUUCCCCAGUUCCAUAGCCCCAAAACUCUUUAAUGCAUUAUAUUAUUUGAUGGCUAGUAUAUUUCUACAAGGUGAACGUGAAAUGAAAAUGUUUAACUUUCCCAAGAAUUUAGCGGACACUCCCUUAGAGUAAGGUUUAAUCUUAUGUAACUGCCCCUAUACUUCUCUUGAGAAUCCAAUAAGGACCAGGGGCCAUAUUCAUGAAGCUGGUGACGAACUUCUACGGAAAAUUGUUACUUGAAUUGAAACUUGUUACAGGUAAGACAAGAUCCUGCUAUUCACCAAGAGUCUGAGCCCUUAAGAGAGCCUCCUUGAGUGAAAAACUGUUAGGAGCAGGGACAAGGAUUUUUUAAGAGGCUUUAAAAUUCCUUAAGCUGACGAGAAAAUUGUGUUAUUACGUUUUUUUUAAGAUAACGUUGCCAGUGGUUGUAAGUAAGUGACACAGCGCUCACCUGUGCAUGAAGAAUCCAAUUUCUAUGCUGCAAUCUCCGUUUUUUUGCUUUUAGACUGCAGAACACAUGGCUAUGACACUGGUGCUGCACGGGAAGGAGGCGUUAACUCGCUUUGCUAUAUUCUCCCUCACCUGCCUCUCUGCUUGCGCUGUAACAUCAGGUUUGAAGUCUAUUCAUAAAAUGGUUUUACACGUGUCCACAAACUAAGUUAAGAUUAAACAUCGCUCAUCUCUCCAGUGCUUCCACUCUUUUUUUAAUCCAUUUUUUCCCACACCUUUUAAAAGAGCUUGUCAUACUAGCGAGUAACAGUUUUUGUCUUAUUCUUACUGAGCUGCUCAGAGAACUUCCCUUGCUGGAAAGUUUUAGGCUGAGUUUGGAGUUGUAUGAGAGUGUUCUCAGAAUGUUUGUGAAUAGGGCCCCUGGUCUAUUGUGUGGCCACAGUUGAAACGUGGCUAUACUACAUAACGUUACCCUCAUGUGUACUGUAGCUUUUCAUGCAGGUCAAAGACUCAAGUUGGCCUGUAUUUCACGUCUCUGAUAUGUGAAAAGAACUGAAGUCAUCAUAAUCAAAAUUAGUUACAACAGGGUUUCUGAUUUGGCUGAUUCAGUCAGUUUGGUUACUGAAUAUAUAAAUAUAUAUAUAUAUAUCUUUUUAUAAAUCAAUGUUAAUAAUAAUGUCAUUUUACACAAAAUUGUAUGAACUGUGAGAGAAAAGUAAUGCAACAUGUAAGCUACAUAACCUGUGUUCCAUUAGCAGUGUGUGAGUUUUGAUUUUCCAACGGUCAUGACGGUAUGCCUUUUUAUGUAUUCCUUUCUUUUCAGUUGCAAAGCUUCUAUCAUUUGGCAGAAAACCUCUCAAACAAUAUGAUUAAUAUGUUGGUGCCAACCAGGGUUUUCCUUGUGGACAUGCAGAAUUUAUAUGAAUAUAGUUUUUUGUAAGGUUUUGUAAAAAACAAAGGGAAAAAAAGAUUUUGUUUUCCUAGUAACUGUAUGUGUUAAGAGAACCUUAGAAUAAGCGACAUCUGAGUAAAACACGGGGAAAUUCAACAAAAUGUUUAAGAAAAGCUAUUGAAUUAUUUUCUUUUUAACUCACUGUGAAUAAUUCAAUUGUACAGUUUGCUGUAUGGGUUAUAUGAAGUUUUAAAUAAAAAAUACAAACUAUCUAUA